UGACAGUAGUUGCAACUUCAGUUGAUUCAUUUGGAGAAAACUUUAAUAAAAGUCAACUUUUUUUACAGGUCAGCUGCAGCGUCGUCACUCAGAAGAACAAUAACAAACUUCAAGAUAGCUAGCUAGAUAGCUGGCAGUCAAAGGUGUAUUAAUACAAGUUAGCUAAUGUUGAAUGUCAACGGCUCUACGUUUCCACACGACGGUGGAGUUUAAACUGGUGAUUUUUCCCCAUCGGACAAGUUUCAGCAAUGCCAGACGUUGAACCGCUUAGAUUCCCAUCAAGGGAAGGACGACCUAGUCAGCAAGAUCAAGCAGAUCUUCAAGCGGUCUGCUCUGGUAGACGUCGCACUUGUGCAUUGCUCAACAGUCCCUCGCCAUGUGUCAACAAUGCCAUUUACCAUAUCCAAGAGCUGAAGAUGACAGUGGAAAAUUGGUGUCAACAGCCUGGAAAAUAUCAGCCACUGAUCAAUCAGGACAAGCACCAAUACCGUAAAACUUUAAGAUAUCAGCCCAGAGACUCAGAUACUGAAUCAGUGACGUCUACGGAGUUGUUCGUCGAAGGCAUCGCAAUUAGUGCAAGCGAAAGUUGUCCUUUAUCGCCACUAUUGAAGAAAAUAAAUGAAGUACUUGGAGAAGUUUUGUAUCUGAUUGAGCGGUUGGAGGCUGAUCGGCAGUAUGCAGAGGAAGCUCUCCACAAAGAGAAGAGAAGAAAACGAUUUUUGGAGAACAAAGUUGACAGUAUUUCACUGUGGAAGCAACAAGAGCACUCUUUUGUAGUCCAAAAAGAGCACGAAGCUUGCAUUAGAGACAUCACUGAACUAAAGUGGCAGCUCAAACUGGAAAGAGAGAAACUUGACCAAGCCCAGGAGAAACUUUCACACACUGAAGUGUUGAACCAGACCUUACACGAGGACAUUAACUUUGCCAAAAAACAAAUUCCUAUUGUGAACGAAAACCUGGCCCUCCAGAGAGGCAUCAUAAAUCAAAUCAACACUGCACAAGCUGAGGCUGAUGAAGUAUACUCAAAAACAAAAAGUGAUUUCAAACUGGUUCAGAAUGAGUUUAAAAAGAUGGAGCUGGAGACCAAAAAUGAAAAGAUAUCACUGGAUUAUGUACUGUUGGCGGCGAAGACUCUGCUGGCUAACAGAUUGGAAGAAUUAAACCAGUUGAAGAAGCUUGAGGAAGGUCUAUUUGCUGAAAUAAAGGAUGCUGAAAAGACGGUUGCUCUUACAGAAGAAAGGUGCGCAGCCGCAACACAACGUAUCCCUGAAAUGAUUGAGCUCGAAGAAACUCAAAACGCCCGGAUUUUGCAAUUGAAACUUCAAAUUGAGGAUGAAAUGCAAAAGAUUAAGAAAUUAAAAGAGAAACUGAUUGCACAGCAAGAAGACAUUGAGAAAACUAGACUUCAUGGGGAAGCAGAGGUUUCCUGCGUAGAAGAGCAGCUCCAUUCAAAGCGUAAUGCUCAUGCAGCUCUUCGUAAAGAAAACAUGGAGUAUGAACAGAAUGUAGAAGACCACAAGAUAAAAAUGUCUAAGAGCAAGAAGGCAGUGAAGCAGAUGCAUGAGGAGAGGAAGCAGAUGCUCCAGAAAAUCAUUGACAAUGACGAGCAGUGGGAAAAGGCCGAGGAGGAAGUGACCCAAGUUGUAGCCAGGCACAGUGUCACCCAGACUAAACUGGAAGAACAGGAACAGCUCACCUUCAUGGAAGAACAGAGAGCCAGGAAAGAGAUUGAAACCCUGAGGAAAGAUCUGACAGGUCAGAUGACUGCCCUGGAACUACUGAAGGGUCAGUGUGCAAAUAAAAAUGAAGAAUUGUUUCGACAACAAAGGAGCUCAGAGCUAACUAACCAAACACUUCAGAAAGAAUUUGAAGAUGCAUCCACAGCAACUAAGGAAUUGGAGACACAAAUUGAGAAAAUCAAGAAAUUGAACGAAGAUUUGGAAAAGAUUCAGCGUGAACACGGAAACACAUUAGUCAACCUUGAGAAGGAGAAAAAACUCAAAUGUGACCACCUGAAAGCUGCUCAGGAUUUACACACUGCCACUGUAAAGAGAUAUGACAACACCCUGGCCAGGAUCAGUGACCUUACAAAGAAGAGCGAAGAAUACCGGGUUGCUUCAGAUAAAAUGGAAAAAAUAGUUGAAAGCAUGCCAGAAGCCAUAGCAGAACUUCAAAGUGUUUUUGAUGUGGUGGAAUUCAAAAACAAAUCAGCUGCUCUUAUAAUGAGCACCUUGCAGUCUGAUAUUAAUAACUGCCAACUACGAACACAGCGAUCCAUGCAGACACACACUGCUCAUCUUACAGCGAGAAAAAAAGAAAUGGAAGACACCAAGGAAGCAUUACAAAUUUCACUGAAGGAGAACAAACAGCUGGCAAGCGACUACGAAGAUCUUAAGAAGAUCCUCAUGGAGGCCAAACAAGAGGCAGUGUCUGCAUUGAGCGAGAAGAACCAUACACAUAAAUCUUUUCAUUAUUACACACAGCUCUCUUUGUUGCAGAAGAGGAUGCACAAAGCUUUGGUGAAAUACUUCAAACAACGCAGCCUCUACAGCCAGGCUGAACUGGACCGGUGCCAGGCUCUUUCUCAUGAGACCGACCAGAAAAUAAAAACAGCCCAGACAUUACAGGGAGCAGCCAUGUCUCAGUGGCCCAGCCUCAAAAGGCCCCAGCAGAUCACAGCUCAAGGCAGGGAGGAGUGGGGCACAGGGGGAGGAGCUAUCAGAGAGCUGCACAGUGUGAAGGACAAAAGAGCUGGUGUAUUCAAGCGCACCACACCGUCACCCGUCACAGCUCAGCACAGGGUCCAUCAGAGCAGGCAACCCUCACUUUAAACAGGCUCCUCGUGAACAGUCCAGCUCAGCGUCUAUCCUCCAAAAAGGACAACCUUUAUGAGUAAAGAUUAAAAAAAAAACCUUUAUGAGUUUAUGAACAGGGAUAAACACACAAUCUGCAUGAUUACCUAAUAUUAAGCCCUUUAAUGUGAUUUUAUAAUCCAUAACAAAUGCACUGACAGUAUGCCGAAAGUGAUUACUAAUCAGAGAUUCACAAUUGCAUGAUACAUAGAUUAUCAAUAUCAUUGCCACUUUGUAAUAAAGAGAUAAAGAAAUCGAUAGAACUGAUACCAUUUGUGACUGGAGUUGAACCAGGCUGAAUCCCGAAAAGGCCUACACUAAUCCAUCAUGUCCACUUAACCCCACAAGCAGAACAUAAGAGAGGUCAGGUUCGCACUUUCACGGCUAAGGCGUACUUGAAUUAGAAGCCAAAUGGCAUGGUUUGUUCAAAAGUAGCUUGAGGGGAG